AAAGAGAGAAGAGAGAGAGAGAGAGAGAGAGAGAGAGAGAGAGAAGAGACUGAAGAUUGAAAAAGAGAGGCGAUUAGUCAUUUUCCAUUCCACAGAAUCAAUCCUUCUCUCCCAAAUUCUUCAAUUUCAUCUUCUUCUGCAAAAUCUUCGGCAGAAUCUUCAGACUCCAUCUCGUCGCAGCCUUUCAGGUUUUCUCUGUUUCGUUCAGGUUCGUUGUCCCGACCUAGGGUUUUGAUUCUACGUCAAAUCCCAUGAGCAUCUCAUUUCCGCUGCCAUAGCACGAUGUACUCCCCGAACAAGAGCCCGUUAGCUUCUCCGACGAGCUCCCGGUCUGUUACUGAGACUAUUAAUGGCUCCCAUAACUUUGUGAUCAAGGGUUAUUCUCUGGCCAAGGGGAUCGGGGUGGGAAAGCAUAUUGCGAGCGAGAAUUUUACCGUGGGAGGUUACCAGUGGGCCAUUUACUUCUAUCCUGACGGGAAAAAUCCUGAGGAUAAUUCGGCUUAUGUGUCAGUGUUCAUUGCCCUGGCGAGCGAGGGCACUGAUGUGCGUGCGUUGUUUGAGCUGACUCUGGUGGACCAGAGUGGUGAUGGGAAGCACAAGGUGCAUAGUCAUUUUGAUCGCUCGCUCGAGAGUGGGCCUUACACGCUCAAGUACAGAGGUAGCAUGUGGGGCUACAAACGCUUCUUCAGACGGACUUCACUUGAGACAUCAGUUUUCCUUAAGGAUGAUUGCUUGAAAAUCAAUUGCACUGUUGGUGUUGUUGUGUCUGGAAUAGACAGUUCAAGACUUCACUCCAUCCAUGUUCCUGAGUCUGAUAUUGGAGCUCAUUUUGGUACAUUAUUGGAAAAUGAGGAGGGUUCAGAUGUUACUUUCAAUGUGUCUGGGGAAAAGUUUCGUGCUCACAAGCUAGUAUUGGCUGCUCGAUCUCCUGUUUUUGAGAAUGAUUUUGUGAACAUGAUGGAAGAUGACAGUGAUGAAAUUCUUAUCACAGUAAUGGAACCUAGGGUUUUUAAGGCUUUGCUGCAUUUCAUUUAUAGGGAUACUCUCCCAGAAGAUGACGAGUUCUUGGAAGCAAGCUCAUCUUCAGUUCCGUCCAUAUCUGAUUCAUUACCUGCAAAAUUGUUAGCUGCUGCGGAUAAAUAUGAUUUGCCCAGACUUAGAUUGAUGUGUGAAUCUGUACUCUGCAAGGACAUAUCUGUGAACUCCGUAUCCCAUAUUCUGGCCCUUGCCGACCUCUAUCAUGCUGCCGAUUUGAAGUCUGUUUGCCUAAAAUUUGCAGCUGAAAAUCUAGUUGCCGUAAUGCAAUCUGAUGGCUUUGAGUUCCUCAAAGAAAACUGCCCAUUGCUGCAGUCGGAGCUUCUGAAGACCGUUGCUGGGUGCGAGGGCGAGGAGCUCAGCGGAGGAGGAAAGAGUCGAAGUGUGUGGGCUCAAUUCUCGGACGGUGGGGAUACAAACGACAGGAGCGUGAGGCAACAGACAUGGGAAAAUGGAGAAAGGAGUCGGAACUUGUGGGUGCAGCAUUCAGAUGGCGGCGACGCCUGCAUUCGAAGUCCGAGGCGAGAAGGUUAACACACAUAAUUUGGCAACUACUAUUGUGGUUUUGUAUUAUAACAUUUAUGAAAUGAACUUGAGAACUGAGAAAAAAAAGAGAAGAUGUUUAGCAGUAGAGAAUGUAAAGGGGAAAAAGCAUUUGCUGAUGUUGUGGUUUAUCUGUUGUAUGUGGAAGCAGAAAAUUGAGAUUGUGCUCUUGACUAAAUUGCUUUGGCAAAAAGUCAUAAAUCUUUGUAAUGGAAUGUUGCUUGACUGAAUAAAGCUUUACUUAUUCAGAACUAAA